AUGUCCAGUAAUGAACCCACUACGGCCCGCCUUGGAUCGUCUGCAAUGGACCGGUCAAAGACUAGACGAGCGUGCGACAGGUGCCAUGCGGUGAAAGAGAAGUGUCGCCGGAUCCCUAGCCAGGACAGCUGCGAACGGUGCCAUCGACUCCAGAAGCCAUGCCAAACCCUGAGGCCCGUCGGAACUGCCGGUCGCAAACCACGAUACCCGCGCACUGAGGAUACGACUACACGUCGGGGACGUUGGAUCCGUAGCGAAGCCAGCCCUUGCGCGUCAUCCCCCGCAUACUCGGCAGGAGAAAUAACCCCCGCGCCUUCUCCACACACUCCCCGCGUGGAGCUCGUCUCUCUCGUCAGAUCGCCUUCGAUACUGGCGGGCCUCAGCGAGCGGGAGAUGCACCUCAUCACGUGCAUCUCACAGGGCCGACCGCGUAUUGAACAAUUCCUCAUCGCUCCGAGCUUCCGCCUGGCCCACCACAAGGCUGUCGCGCGUCAUCUUUACGACGCCUCACCAUGGAUCCAGGACGCGUUGAUUGCCACCGCGGCUCUUCUGACCAGCGAAUACUCGCCGGAACCAUAUCCGGAAGAUCAACUCAUCGGCCAUAGACGCGCAGCAUCUGCCGUGUCCACGCUCCGCUCAGUCACCAAGAUGUCUCCUGGUGACCUUCCCAUCAUUCUCGUCGUUGCCAUCAGCGCCAUCACGUUUGCACUACACAUAACCGGAUCCGCCUUUACCAUUACUCAGCACUCCCUCAGCAUCAUCAAGCCCGUCUACCAUCAAUCGUUGGAGCUUGAUUCUGAUUCACACGCCUUCGUCAUCUGUCUCAUUCAUGAGGACGCUGACGAAUGCAUGCUGCGGGCAGAGUUACCAACCCUGCGUUUCCUGGUUCAACGACCCGAGGGCUUCGUGGACCGCUAUCUCGGCAUCUCCUCACCAUUGCUAGUGCAUAUGCACGACAUCUGUGUCGUCAGCCACGCACUGUGCCAUGAAGAGAACCCCAAUCUCGGGGACAUUGCACGGGCUCUGGACAAGAUAGAGCGUGCCGUGGACGAGUGGACGCCAACACUCCCGGACGGCUACGCCACCCGCUUCCUACAAGAAGAGGUGGUCAGCCUGUUGGGCCAAGCAAAGGUCUAUCGUUGGUCGCUGCUCCUAAUCAUACACCGACUACGUCAUCCCUAUGGGACCGAGACGGCAAAAGGGUCCCUUCUGGCGGAUGCGAUUAUCGAUGAACUGCGUCUUACGCUUGAGUACACCCAGCGCACAGUGCCCUUUGUCAGGGCCAACUUCAUGGUUGCUUGCUUUGAGCUCGACAGUCGGGCGAAGCGUCAGGUUGUAAUGGACAUGGUUGAGGAUGCCAUUGAGUUCUCGAGCGAAUACAGAGCAAGGGUCAGACAGCAGUUGACUGCAUUUUGGUCUAUGAGAGAUUGUGAGGAUAAGAUACAUUGGUGCGACAUCAUUCCCCGCCUCCCCCAAUGA